AUGAUGACACAAGAUGAGAAAGGAUCAAGGAUUAGUGGGAGUUUCAUCCCACAAGCGUACAAUAACAUGGUGGAGGAGCUUAAUCAAAAGUUUGGGAAGAGUUUAACAAAAAAUCAUUUAAAAAAUCGUUUGAAAACUUUAAAAUCAAGUUUCUCGCAAUGGUAUGACAUUUUCCACGAAACUUCAUUGAGUGGGUUCGGUUGGAAUUAUGAAACACAACUAAUUGAAGCGGACGAGGAAGUGUGGGCCAACCUAAUUAAUUCCAAAAAAAUACCAAACUACAAUGAAAUGAUAGCUUUGUUUGCAAAAGAUAGGGCUUCAGGGGUGCAUACUGAAACCAUGAAAGAGAAGAAUGCUCGAUUGAACAGGACUGGAGAUAUCAAAGUAGAAACAAUUAAAAAAGUGGAUCAAUUACUAGCAAACAAUGACAUUACACUUGAGAAACAACAAAAAAAUAAUGAUGAUGAUGAUGAUGAUGAUGAUGAUCUUGAUGAUAUUUAA